AGUGCUCUGCCUCCUAUGUGUGGCAGGCAGUCAUGUAGUGCUCCAGUCACAUCCAAAGCUGCGUUACUUCUGGGCCCGCCCUUUACUGUGCUGUGAUUGGAGGAGGAUUUCAGUAUGUCAUGUGAUGUUUUCUUGUCCUGCAGGAGUCGUGCUGGGCCGUGUAGUCCGUGUGCCCUCUGGUCCUCUUCUGCGGGUGGAAGGUACCGAUGUUUCCAUCUCCUGUAACGUCACUGACUAUGAGGGCCCCGUGGAGCAGGACUUUGAUUGGACGGUUUCCUCGGGGGCGGGUCCUGCAGUGGCAGUGAUCAGCACAUGGGACAGCUCGUUCACACACUCCUCCUACAAAGAGCGGGUGAAAUCCGGGGCCGUCCAGCUACAGAGGACCGGAAACAGCGAGAUCGUCCUCCGACUACAGCGGCUGAAGGCCUCCGACGAGGGCAACUACACCUGCUCCACACCCAGCACCGAUGCCACCUACAGCGGCAACUACGAGGCCCACGUCCAGCUGAAAGUGAUCCCUGAUGCCCUACGCCUGAAGGUCCCCCGAGGUCGCCGCUCCAGCCUCCAUAACAUCACAGAGGGCGGAUCCUUCCGGUUACCGUGCUCGGCAUCACUUGAAGACUCGGCAACUCACGCCCACCUCUCCCUCACCUGGCAGCGCCAGUCCGGGGCCUCAGUCUCUGAGGUUCUGACACUGACCCACCUGGGACGACUGCAUCCUGGCACAAAAUACGCAGGCCGCUACAGCGACGGGGAGUUGCGGGUGGACACGGCAGCAGACGACACCUACCAGCUGACCGUGGAGGCUGCUCAGCCAUGGGAUGCUGGAGAAUACAGCUGUGUGGCCCGGACCUGGGUGCAAGGGCCCGAUGGCUGGGAGAAGAUCCAAGAGAAGGCAGCGGCUGUGGCCCAGGUGGAGGUCCGGCCCAUCGAGCUGACAGCGUCCAUCGUGGAGCCGGCCCUGGUGGUCUCAGAGGGCGCCCCCUUUAACCUGUCCUGUCUGGUAUCUGUAGACUCCAGCGUCCCCCUCAUCACACGCGUGCGCUGGUUCCAUUCUCACUUGGGAGAGCUGCACCAUCUGCCUAGCGGGCCGGACCCUGACCAGGAGACCACCGGGACCCACCAGCUGCUGGUGCCACAGGCGUGGGACUCCGGAGAUUACACCUGCAGGGCCAGCGCAUGGAUCCUGCUCAGCAACGGGACGUGGCACCGAGCCGCCGAGGGAACCUCUCCCCCAGUGACAGUGCAGGUGACUCAUGAUG